AUGAGUGGCAGCUCGAAUCAAUCAACCCGCACGAGUCCCGGCUCCUUUAGCACCGCUCAGCGCACGCCCUCUGUAUCCUCUGGCGCGUCGCCGACUUACCAGUCGCUCUCAGCUUCUCAGCCGCCCUCGACGGCCCAGAAUGUGAUGUCGACCGACGUGUACAGUCCGCCCGCGUCGCAGGCCUCUUCAUCGCUCGCACCAACUUUCACUCACCCUUUCUCUCCACUUGCGCCCUCAUCUUCCUUCGACACCGUCGCUUCCACCACCAUGCGCUUCGCUGAUCCGGCACAGUCGUUAAACGGCUUCGGCCGUCCUGCCAAUGGAGCAGGUGGAACAAUAUUGAUGCGAAAGCUUCCGCGCAACACCAGUCGCGAGGCUUUGCGCGCUAUGCUGCUAUUUGCGAAAGACCUCUUGGAUACCGAAUUCAUCCCGUCUGACCACCCGGAAGAUAAUGGUUAUUUAUGUGCACUCGCGCGCUUUGGCACGCUGGCUGCUGCGGAAGAGGCGCGCGCUCUACUCCACGGAAAGCCAAACUCCAAGAAUGACGCGACUAUGGUUGUGGAGGUACUAAAUGGUACAUCUUUGGCACCCAGACGAAACACCAUUGAUCACACCGCAACCCGCAGCCUGUUGGGCGGUGUCAACGGGGCACUGCCACGCCAGUCGUCACGGUUCAAUGGAACCUUCCAAAAUCUCGAGAAACUCAGCGCGAUCAAUGGACCUACCACCGGUGAUGGCUUGCCUGAUUCGAGUACCCGUCUGCACAACAUCUUCUCCCCCCAAUCACCUCUUGGCAACGGGAUUCCUGAAUUACCUCGUGUCAGUGGUAAAUCUAUGAUUGAUCAAGAUAUUGACGAAGACACGGGAGAGUUGCUUAAAGAUCCGGUCGGCUAUGCCGAAAACGGUCACUCUGGUGCUGGUUCCGCCGGGCGCCGUGCGACUAAUCCUCAGAUUUUGAGUAAUCAGUUUGCCGGCAUGUCCCUGGCAACGAAUCUGUCGUCGCCACCACUCCAAGCCUACACGCCUCAAGGCUCGGCACACAUGGGAGUACCUGCCCCUGCAUCCACAUAUCCGCAAGCGAUAAGCAACAUCGGGGCCAGUCACCCUUAUCCUUACGGGAACCCACACAUGCACCGCCACAGUCUGCCUGCUGCCAACCCCAACGAUAUGAACCCACCAUGCAACACUCUGUAUGUGGGAAAUCUUCCGCCGGAUACUUCAGAGGAAGAACUCAAGGCGCUGUUCUCCAAGCAACGCGGCUAUAAACGUCUAUGCUUCCGGAACAAACAAAAUGGUCCCAUGUGCUUUGUCGAAUUCGACGAUGUGGGUACUGCCGGCAAGGCACUCAACGAGCUCUAUGGAGUCAAACUGUCGAACAGUAUCAAGACCGGGAUUCGUCUGAGCUUCUCGAAGAAUCCAUUGGGAGUACGCUCAGGACAGCCCGGAUCCUUGAGCGCAUCGAAUAACAUAACCUCUCAAGGCGGCGUGCCAGGAGGCAGCAGCCUUGGUGGAAUCCAUAAUUCGCAUGUAUUUUCCACGGUCAGUGGCCCGCCCCCUGGUCUUGCAGCACCUCCUGGUCUUGCACCCCCCCUGGCAUUGAGGAACAAUGGUCCAAUCCAUCCCGCUAGCAACAUGCAUGCCCCCAUCCCCACCAACGGCGCGUUCAAUCCCAACCCUAACCCUGGCCUUGGAAUACGGACCAAUUCUAUCCCCUCAAUGGCCUCGCCCCCGCCGCCACUCAGUGGAGGGGGGCCCAAUCUGGCAGGGUUCAACUUUUCCUACCCGGACUACAUGAUGGGCCGCUAG